AUGGCAAACCGCACUUGCAAACACACAUCCCUCUACUUGGAUGUCUCGCCGCACGCGUCUAAAGCCGGAUUCAAACGUCCAAAUAGGAGACAGCGCAUCUCAGCGGCAACUCAAGAAGGACGCGCUCUCAAAGAGUUGGAGCUCCUAACCAGCAAAGAGCUUCUCGAAGAUGAAAUGGCCUUUCCUGGACCGCUGGUUCUUCCUGGUGACGAUCUAGCUGAAGACCCAGAGUAUCCGCCACAAGAUUUCAACGAGUGGAGAGAUGAAGAGGAAAGGAACCCGGUGACUAAAGAGAGGAAAACAAUCUAUAUUGUGCCUAGUCCUUUCAUUGAGAAAAGCGUCUCCAAGAUGCAGACAUGGUCGGUCUGUACUGCAGCAAAGGAACAAGACGCACAAGUGGCCAGCCCUCCAGAUAUCCAAGACAUCGUGGAAUAUCUAUCGGCAUUUUUCUACGGCAUGGACGUCAAGAUCUUCGACCAGCCCUUUCACUGGCAUAAAUGGGAAAGCUACGACGGCACCGUCUUGAAGAACUCAAACACAGAGAAGCGAAUUGGCCUCAAGUCUCCGAGCAAAGAGCUCUUUGGAAUUCGAUGCCGCGCCUCACCAGAUGGAGUAUCUCCCAUGCAAGUCAAUCUGAACGACGUCCUGGACGCUCUGGCGGAGAAUAUCCCCUCUGACGCCCAUUCAAUUAUGAUACUGCUAGACCAAGACAUGUACGAAGGCGACGGCGACGGCGACAUCUUCUGCGCAGGACGAGCAUAUGGAGGCAGCCGCAUCGCAGCCGUCUCCACGUUCCGGGACCAGCCCUCCUGUACGCCAAAAGAUAAUGGCCACGCAUGGCCAUCCUCACACUGCGCAGCAUACAUCAACCAGCUCUGCCAUCUUCAGACCUAUACAACUAAGCCACAGCCCGUCCAACGCAAACCCAACAGCGGGCCUCUACACGCGGCCAUAAAAGCCACUACUACCUCCGCCCGUCACGAAAGCAGCAGCAUCCCGUCGGAAGCCCCUACCGCCCAGUGGCUCGGAAGAAUAGCCGUCACCAUGGCGCACGAGCUGUGUCACUGUUUGGGACUGGACCACUGCGUGUACUUUGCGUGCGCGAUGCAGGGGUGCGGCAGUGUGGAGGAGGCACAGCGGCAGCCUCCGUAUGUGUGCCCCGUUUGUCUGGAGAAGCUGGCCGCUGCGAUAGGAGAGGAGGUUGUUUCUGGAUGGAAUGAUGAGAUAUGGAGUAUGGCAGUCAGAGAGAAGUAUGUGAGGGAUCGGUAUGAGGCGUUGAGGAAGGCCUGUGAGAGAUGGAGCAAUCCAAGCAUUUCGAGGAUGUUUGCUGGGUAUAGGGCUUGGCUGGAUGUAGUGAUUGAGCGAAGUCUGUGA